AUGGUAGCUACUGUAAAGAUAGUUCAGUUACGGUCAGAAUCCUCUUCAUGUUCUCUGAUGGAAACUGAACAACAACAAGGUAGUACUGAAGAAGGACUUGAUUUACGAUGCGAUGAAGAAUUUGACGAAAGUUUGAUGGAAAAGCCAACCACAAGUUUUAACGCUAAUCGACAGUGCAUUGUUGCACCGGGAAUACAACAGUCACCUGAAAGUUUCAAUAAUCAGGAGCACGAUUUAACUGAUUCACCUUUACUUACCAAAAUGAAACGGGAAUGGCGAACUUACGGUUGGUACACAUCAUUCGAAGAGAUGGAUAAAGUACGUAGAUGGGAAAAAGUAUCAAAACGAAAAAACGUAACAUCGAUUCAUGGUACCAAAGUAUUUUACCGGUGUAACAGCUGGCAGCGUACGAAAUGUAAUUUUCACAUGUAUGCAAUAAUUUUUGCUCCAGAUAAAAUUUGUUUAUUUGCUAGCGGGGAACAUGAUCAUACCACAAAAGAUUCGAAGUACACAACGGAUGCUGCUUCAAAUACUCAAAAAGAGUCAAACACCAAGCAGCAAAAUACUUUCGCGCAAUCGAUUAUGAAUACAAAUACUACUUUACAAACUGAUGUUAAUUUUCAACAAGAUCAAAAGUUUUCAUCGAGUAAUAUCUUUCUUCCACCUCCUGAUCUUUCAUUUGAAUUGAAAGAUGAAAAACGAAUAGCAGAAAUGUUGACAUUAGCGUGUGAUAUCAACCAUAAGUUUACCUACAACCAAAAGAGCAAUGAAUUUUAUUUUGAACCGAUUAACCCUGCAUUUAAAGGACGAAGUGUUGUAUUGUUGAAUGCUGGUGCUGUGGUGCUUGUUGUUGAACGAUACAAUGGGAUAGAAAUAAGUCGUGAAAUAUGGAAGAAAGGAAAUUGGGAUCUAUUCCUCUGGGCUGUCCGCGGCAAAUGCAUGCGUAUAACAUAUCAAAAUUAUAAGGAAGCUGGUCAACUAUAA